AUGCUGUCCUGGGUGAACCCUCUGCGAAUCUUCCAGGCUGUGCUAUCCCUAGCCACCAUCGGUCUAACAGCAUAUGAAAUCGCAUCCCUCUACGACGAAUGGUCCUACUCCAAUGUCAUCUACUUCAUGCUUUUCAACGGCUGCUGGACCACCGCCGUCGUAAUCCCCUACCUCGGUCUCGCCCCAUUGGCCUUCCCUCGCUUCUCCCAUGAAUUCGCCAUCCCCUUCAUGGAACUCACCACCGGCGGCCUCUGGCUCAGUGGCUGGAUCGCCCUGGCAGUCCUCAUCCCCUCUCCAGGCUCAUGCCACUACACCAGCUGCCACGCUUUGCAGGCCCUGGUCGUAGUCGGCGCAGUCCAAUGGGCAACUUUCGCUGUGACCAACACAUUCGCAAUUCUGGAUCUAAUCAACUCCCGCCGCAACGCGAAGAACCAUCGCGAAAACCCGGCUCCUGAAAUGAGCAAUGCCAAUGGCGAGCCUGCGGCUAACCCCGAAUCUGCUGUUUAA